GCUCACAUGUUGACACCUCACAUUUACAUCAGCUGAUCUUCCUUCCUCGUGAUUUCCUAUUUGCGAAUGGAUUCAUCUUCGUGCGUACGCACUCGUAUGCUCGAACAGGCGGCUCGUCUGUUAGAGGGAACCAACAACGAAGAUGCGUGGCAUCUAGUGGAACUAUUUCAAUAUACGCAACCCAGCGCGUUCAUUCAUAUUUGCCAUCGGAUUCUUGCCACUUUUCUCGAGUUAACGCACGAUCAUUUUGAACACGGAUGGCCAAUUCAGACCCGACUGGGCCCCAUGUCAGCAGCUCACGAACGCCGUCAGUGGAGUCGGAAAAAGACAGUCAGCGCUUCGUUGAUUGAUAAUACCUCCCAUUGCGAUUACUGCGAUACGUACAUGAACCAAUAUGCAUUUCCCCCAGUCAUACAGAGUGAAAGUCGCAAAAUAUCUCUAACAAGGACUCCAACUUCAUCCGCUCUCAUAUCCCCACAAUUAACGCAGUUUACGGCUUCUUCUCAGGGCGAGACAAAUCACUUCCACUAUGCUGCAAGGUUGAAGGUCAUCACUCCAAAGCGUCUGUUCAAACAACUGCUACCAUCCAAACCACGUGCGCCAAACGGCCCCAACGGUCGUGCUGGCACCAAGGUCUCCUGCUUUGAUCUUGGCUGUGCACGUACUCCGGCCCGGCUCCAUGACUCCAACCGGGUAGAAGAUGCGUCCACCAGCGGCGAACCGCCGAGUGUUCUGAGCCCGUCCUCAGUGAAUCCCACCGCGUCUCUAAGGCUACCCGCCUCUGUAGUCCCCAACGAACUGAUGCCACCAUCUCCGAUCAACGUGGAUAGCAUCGUCUGUCACUGUUUGAUCGACUACUUGCUCGAAAGCCCAGACAUAUGCUCAGCAGAAGGACUGUUUCGAGUUCCGGGUAACUCACAGCGCAUCCGAAGUCUGUGGUUACAACUGAAGACCUGCCUCCAGCCUACUUACGUUCGGUUUCCUGAGCCAACUCCUUUGGAUGAGAAUACACCCAGUCCAAGCGGUUACUCAAAUGUCUGGUCACUGCUAAGUCGAUAUUCGCCAUACGAUUUGGCCAGUCUGUUGCUACGCUGUUUGGCUUCGUGUACGCGUUCCCGCGGAUCCAACAAACAAAUUUUGCUACAUCUGUUUCAAGACGAAGCUGACAGCUCCACUAGCGGUCUCAUUCCACCGCAGCUUAGUGACUUGUGUUUCCAAGCCACGCGACUGCAAUACACCUUGGGUAAAGGCUCCGACAAGGAUCCGAAACUUAUCGAAGACUGGAUACCUAUCCUGUGCCAAGCCCGACAGCUACUCACCUAUCGUAUUGUGUUGCAGUUUCUAUUGCCCGAACCCGAACGUUUGAUCCUGUUGAAUCUGUUGCGCUUGUUCAGACGGAUCGCAAAAUGCAGCUCAAAGUCGCGUAUGUCACCCGAAUGCUUGGCCAGAUGCACAGCAGUGGCUGUGUUUGGUUCACCUCAUUCGCUGACAAAAACCACUGAGCACCUGGCCCACACAGAGCCAGAUACAAAUCCACUUCGGUGGCGAAUCGAUACCUUGAGUAACCUGAUCCAAAUGGCGGACCAACUUGAUCAAUUGCCUGGUUUGGUGUACAUGGCUGUUAGGAAUCGGCUUCGGUGCCAUUUUGGACAUUCACCUGGACAUAAACUACAAAUGCUGGCUCCGGUUGGGGUCAAGAGCGGCGAGUGGAUAACACCGACUGAACCCUGGUCGUGUCCAAAGCGAACGCGAUGCACGUUGGAGGACGUGGGGGCGGAAUCAAACAAUUCGCCGAUAUGCACGGAGUUCCAUUGGUCACAGUGUACAAAUCUUGGAGUCUCUGAACUGAUGGGUGACGCAGGAUCCGUACGUUUGCAGCGAACGAAGUCUUCCUUAGAACUGGAUGGCCGCGCUACAACUGGGCAUCCGAAGAGCACCCAGCAACCUUCAGAAAUGUUCAAAGGUUGGCGUCGUCAAAAAGCCGCUGCUACCGAAGCACUCUGUCAGAUCAACGCGCUAAAACAUCGCAGCUUUUGCUCCCUUUAUCAGAACUAAUCGAUCUAGACCUCAAUUUAGUCUACUGUAACCUUCCUGUGAUACCGGUGGGGCUUGUUACACUUUCCAACCCUAUCCCUGAUGCGAUGAUUACUUUUGUGGCUGUUGUGCCAACUCUCGAAAUUGCAUCACUUGUCUUUCUGUUCUCUUCCAGUUUUGCCCCUGUUAAUAUAGACCUAUCACAUGAGUGAAUAACAAUUCAUUUGAAAUAAACAAUUUAAGGGCUG